AUGUACAUCAAAUCAAUUGUUAUUGAUGGAUUUAAAUCAUACGCACAGAGGACAGAGAUUAAUGGCUUCGAUCCAUUGUUUAAUGCCAUUACAGGUUUGAAUGGUAGUGGUAAAUCAAACAUUUUGGAUUCAAUAUGUUUUUUGCUGGGUAUUUCAAAUCUUUCCCAGGUGCGGGCAACUAAUUUACAAGAUUUGGUAUACAAAAGUGGCCAAGCCGGUGUCACCAAAGCAACAGUUAGCAUUGUCUUUGACAACUCGGAUAAAAAAAAUGGACCUCUUGGUUAUGAGCAGUAUGAUGACAUUACUGUCACCAGACAGGUUGUUAUUGGAGGGCGUAAUAAAUACAUGAUCAAUGGAAUCACAGCCCAGCACAAACGUGUCCAAGACUUGUUUCAGUCUGUGCAGCUGAAUGUAAACAAUCCACAUUUUCUCAUCAUGCAGGGGCGGAUCACCAAAGUGCUCAAUAUGAAACCUCCAGAGAUUCUCUCAAUGAUUGAAGAAGCUGCAGGAACCCGGCUUUAUGAAACCAAAAAAGAAUCUGCCCAACGUACAAUUGAGAAAAAAGAUGCCAAACUUGCUGAAAUUGAAACGGUUUUACGUGAGGACAUCAACCCUACAUUGACUAAGUUACGAGAGGAGCGAUCAUCUUACCUGGAAUAUCAGAAAAUUACCCGGGAACUUGAGCAUUUAACCAAACUGUACAUUGCCUACCAGUUUAUGCGUGCUGAGGAAAGAAAGAAAAAAUCAGCAGAUGAAGUGGUUGAAAUUGCUGAAGCCAUUGAAAAAUUGAAUGAAAACAUAUCUUCAGUUGAAGAGGAAAUUAAGAGAGUCAGCAAUGUUAUUGAAGAAUUGGAAAAGAAGAAAGAUCAGGAAAGUGGUCAGCAAAUGGAUAAAGUUCAAAAGGCAUUGAGUGAGGCCCAGAUGAUUAAUGCCAAAGUACAGAGUGCACGAGACAGCAAAAAAGAAAGCUUAAAAGCUGAAGAAAAUAAGAAGAAAUCUUUGCUCAAGCAGAAAGAUGAUAAUAGCAAGUCAAUUGUAUCACGAGAAAAGGAUUUAACAAAGAUGUUAGCUGCAACUGAACAGCUACAAAAGCAAAGUGAACAAGAUGCUGAGAACUACACUAUUGCACAGAAACAUCUUCAUGCCAUAACUGCUGGACUGUCCAGUAAUGAUGAUGGACAAGCAGCCACUCUCAAUGACCAGCUUCUUACUGCUAAAAAUGAAAUCAGCAAUGCUGCUACAGAAACGAAGCAAGCUCAAAUGCGGUUGAAACAUUCCCAGGAGGAGGUGAAGAAGAAACAAACAGAACUGAAAAAAACUGAGCAAAGUUAUAAGAAGAAUGAAGCAGAAUAUAAAGCUGCCCAAGAGAGCCUUAAAAAAAUUGAGGCUGAACUAAAGAAAUUGAACUAUGAUGAAAACAGAGAAAAGACAUUGACCGUUGAAAAGAAAAAGCUCACUGAAGAUGUUCAUCAUUUGCAAGAAAAAUUUGAUACACUUGAGUCUAAGGUUCCUCACUUAAAUUUCCAGUAUACCAAUCCUGAACCUGGCUUUGAUCGGAGUAAAGUUCAUGGUUUAGUGUGUAAACUGGUAAAAGUACAAGAUCCUGAGACAGGGACUGCUCUUGAAGUUGUUGCAGGCAGUAAGCUGUACAAUGUUGUGGUGGACACCGAAGUUGUUGGCAAAAAAUUGGUACAGAAAGGACAAUUAAAACGACGUUACACAAUUAUUCCUUUGAACAAGAUUGUAUCCAGGAAAAUAAGUUCUGACAUUGUGCAGAAAGCUAAUACUUUGGUUGGUAAAGGAAAUGUGCAUACAGCACUUUCAUUGGUUGGAUAUGAAGAGGAACUAAAGGCUGCCAUGGAAUAUGUAUUUGGUUCUAGCUUUGUUUGUAAGAAUAUGGACUUAGCCAAAAAAGUGACUUUUAAUGAAAAUAUCAUGAAGCGAAGUGUAACUUUGGAAGGUGAUUCUUUUGAUCCUGCUGGUACCUUAACUGGAGGUUCUCGACCACAAACCAGUUCAAUUUUGGUUAAACUGCAAGAAUUGAUUCAAGUUGAAGAGGAACUACGAACAAAGCAGGCACUUUUGGAUAAAGUCGUAAAAGAAUUGAAUGCCAUGCAAAAAAUGUCUGGAAAAUUCCAACAGUUAACUCAGCAGUCUGAACUGAAGAUGCAUGAAACAGAAUUGCUUAAAACCAAACUGGAACAGACUUCUCACCAUCAGCAAAUGGAAGAGGUUAACAAUCUAUUAAAAAAUAUUGAUGAGCAGAAAGAGAUUCUGAAAAAUGCUGAGGAAGUAGACAAGAAAGCCAAGCAAAAGGUGAAGGACUUGGAAUAUAAGAUGAAGAAUGCAAAAGAAAUCAGAGAGAAGGAAUUAAAACAAGCAGAGACAGCACUUGACAAAGCGAAAAAGAAAAAAGAAGAAUCUGGCAAACAAAUGAAGCAAAAACAACAGGAAAUUGAUACUGUGAAAUUAGAUAUUGAAGAGUUGAAAAAAGAAAUUCUUAGUUAUGAUGAGCAGCUGAAAAAUGUCGAAGAAGCAAUUACUACUUACAAACAACAAAUGGAAGAUGUUAAUGAACAGUUGGCUGAAACUAACGCCCAAGUUAAAGAAGCUCAGGAAAACUUGAAUAAACAAAAAGAAUUAUUAAAUGCAUGCAACCAAGAAAUACGUGUAGCUAACAAGGAACUGAAGGAUUUUCAAGAUAAAAAAAAGAAAAUCAACUUGGAAAUCCAACAACUGGACCACAAAAAAACCAAGUUACAAAAAGAGUCCAAAGAUACAGUAUCACAGGUGGAGAAUUUACUGAAGAAAUAUGAUUGGAUCACAGAUGAAAAGAAAUUUUUUGGAAAGCCAAACACAGCAUAUGAUUUUGAAGCUAAUGACCCGGUGGUAGCUGAGGCUCGUAUUCAUAAAUUGCAGGAGACAAAGGACAAAUUAUGCCACACAAUCAACAUGCGGGCUAUGAACAUGUUAGAGAAAGCAGAAGAAGAGUAUAAUGAUCUGAUGAAAAAACGAAAGAUAGUAUUGAAUGACAAAAUGAAAAUUGCGCAGGUGAUUGCUGAGUUGGAUGAAAUGAAGAAAGAAGCAUUGAAGAAAGCAUGGGAACAAGUUAACAAGGACUUUGGUUCAAUAUUCUCUACAUUGCUUCCUGGUACCAAAGCAAAACUGCAACCACCUGAAGGAAUGACUGUGUUGGAUGGACUUGAGGUGAAAGUAGCCUUUGGAGAUGUUUGGAAAGAAUCUCUUAGUGAACUCAGUGGUGGUCAGAGGUCUUUGGUUGCUCUUUCUCUAAUUCUGGCCAUGUUGCUCUUCAAACCUGCUCCCAUCUACAUUCUGGAUGAAGUUGAUGCUGCCUUGGACUUGUCUCACACACAAAACAUUGGACACAUGAUCAAAAACCAUUUCAAACAUUCACAGUUUAUUGUUGUCUCUCUCAAAGAUGGAAUGUUCAAUAAUGCCAACACUCUCUUCAAGACGAAAUUUGUUGAUGGGGUUUCUACUGUCACCAGGCAUACUCAGAGCCAGAAAUCCAUAUCCAAAGAACGAAAGAAUCCCUAG